AUGAAUAAUGAUUCAAACAAAAGUGUUGAACAAAGCAAUUCAAUAGCAGCUGAUCGUGUACAAUGUAGUUUUGACGAAGACCUCGUUACAUGUUCUAUAUGCCACAUGAUUCUCUGGAAGCCAGUUGCUUGUAAAACAUGUGAAAAUUCAUUUUGUUCUGAUUGUAUCAAUCAAUGGCAACAAAAGCAACCUAACAAAUGUCCAUUCACUUGCCACUAUGAAGAACGCAAAUGUAUAGGAGCUAUUCUCAAAGUAUUAUCAAGGCUACAAAUAAACUGUUGCUACAUGCAGAAUGGUUGUUCAGCAGCAGUUCCUUAUGAAGGGUUGGAAAAACAUGAGCAACAGUGUGAUUACCAGCCCAAGAAAUGCGAGGGAUGUCAACGUGAGCUACUGCUGAAAGAUUUAGCACAACAUCAGCAGCAAUGUGAUCAAAUUGAUUUGAAGUGUUCAACGUGCGAAACUCUUUUCAAACGAAAAGAUAUGAAGAAUCACAACGAAGUACAAUGUUUGAAGCAACAACUUCAAUAG